ACAAAGAUAAACACUCAAACCAUGUCAAAUUUGUUCUUCCAAUCCCCAAUGAAAUUCCCCAAAGCCACCUUCUUUUGAUUCAAUAAAUCAACACCCAUCUUUCAAAGUUCCAACUUCUAAUAAAAAUUCCUCUCCACUGUCACCACACUAAUCAGAGUUCCAAUCUUGGUUCUUGUGAUCACUCACCAAUCACCACCCUAAUGGAUAUUGAUGAGUGGGAGUUUCUCUCUGAUGAUGGGUACCUUGAUUUCAAUGAGGAGGGUGUGGGGAAGCAAAGUCCCCUAGGAAAGGGGAAAUUGGACUCAAAGGGUGUGUUUGACAUGGAGUACUUUGGCUCAUCACCUCCACCAAGGGUGAGAAAUCAACUUGUCCCUUUGCCAAUUCAAUUGGAGCCAAGAAUUGGCAAAACCCCAGAAGAUGUUUUGGUGAAAGACAUGAUGAUGAUCAAGGAUAUUCCUAUUGUUGCCCCAUCAGAGAAAACCAAGGAAUUUGAGGCAGUGGAAGCUGAUAGAGUAAAAGUUUUCUUCAAGAUCAAGGAGAGUGAGUUUGUGGACAUGAAAAUGGAUUCCCCCAAGUCAAUUAGUAGGGGAAUAUUGCCUCCAAUGGAUGCUGGUGGCUUGAAAUUUGAGGACAAAGGUGAGGCCAUAGAGAUCAUCACCUCUCCCAGAAGGAAAGUUAUUGAGAAGGAUUUGAUGUGUGACAAAGAAGAGGAAUCCACUUGGGAGGAAGAGAACAAUAGUGGUUUCAACAUAUGGAAGUGGAGUUUGACAGGUGUUGGUGCUAUUUGCUCUUUUGGUGUUGCUGCUGCUACUAUUUGUGUUCUUUUCUUUGGAAGCCAGCAAAGGAACAAACUAAAGCAGGAUCAGAAGAUUAGGUUCCAGAUCUAUACCGAUGACAAGAGGAUUAAGCAAGUGGUGCAGCAUGCGACCAAAUUAAAUGAUGCAAUUUCUGCAGCAAGAGGUGUUCCUAUGAGCAGAGCUCACAUAACCGUUGGUGGUUACUAUGAUGGUCUUUGAAGCAUUGAUUAGGUGCAUUUGUCAAACAAUUGAAGUCUAGAAUGGAUCAACUGCAGUGCCAUGAGAUCUAUUAAUCUGGCCAUAUCCUAUAUUGAUGUGAAUAACAUGAUGUCAGAUGUUUCCUUAUUGCAGAUGUUUGUUCUGUAUAUUUUCUGUAGUCUAGUAAAUUAAGUCACAGAUUAGCGGCACUUUUAUUGUUAUUAUUAUUAUUAUUAUUAUUUGAUAUUUGAUUAUUAAUACUUUGGAAUUUAUGUAUGAAGAUGUUAGCUUUGGAUUUA